AUGGCGGACCCAACAAGAACCCAUCACGAGAUAAUAAGCCGAGACAGUAGUACCAGAGACCAUCCAAAGGCAAAGCAGAUGGUGAAGGUAGCAACUGCGGUCACAGCUGGUGGGUCCCUCCUGGUCCUCUCCGGCUUAACACUCGCCGGAACAGUGAUCGCCCUCACCGUGGCCACUCCUCUGCUUGUUAUCUUCAGCCCCGUUUUGGUCCCGGCAGUGAUCACCGUGGUCCUCAUCAUCACCGGAUUCCUAGCCUCUGGUGGCUUUGGCAUUGCCGCCAUUACCGCCUUCUCUUGGCUCUACAGGUACGUUACGGGGACGGGGACGGGGUCGGGAUCAGAGAGGUUAGAGAAUGCUCGGAUGAAGCUAGGGAGCAGAACGCAGGAUAUGAAGUAUGGUCAGCACAACACUGGAGUCCAACAACAAGCUUCUUAA